UCAUUUAUUUUAUGCAUUUCUGACAUAGUUAAGCUAAGUGCAUCUCUCACACUAAAUCUCUCUAUAUAUACUCACUUGAUAUAUAUAUAGACCAUUACUUGUUCUUGUCUAUAAGUAGAGGAAGAUCGUGGUAUUAAUUCAUUUUAUGCAUUUCUCACAUGGUUAAGGUACCUACAUCUCUCACUCUAAAUCUCUCUCUCUAUAUAGACUGACUUGAUAUAUAUAUAUACACACACACACACACACACACACACACACAUAGGGUGUGUUGAAGAUAGGACUAUAGAGGAAAUAUGGCGCUGAGCUUAGUACCCCAGAUGGCAGAUGAAAAGGUGUUCGAGGGAGAAGGUGGAUCAUACCAUAGUUGGUCACCUUCCAACUUUCCAUUGCUUGGUGAGGCUAAGGUUGGUGCAGGUGUUCUCAUGUUGCAUCCUCGUGGUUUUGCUCUACCUCACUAUGCAGAUUCCUCCAAGAUCGCCUUUGUUCUUCAAGGUACCUGCACUGUUGGAAUGGCGUCUCCCAACACAUCAGAAGAAACUGUCGUGAUGGUUAAAAAUGGAGAUGCAUUCCCAGUGGAAAUUGGAGUAGUCUCAUGGUGGUUCAACGGCGGAGACACCGACAUGGUUAUCGUGUUCCUGGGAGAAACUUCCAAGGCUCACACUCCGGGGUCAUUCACCUAUUUCUUUCUCACCGGCACUCUAGGCAUUCUGGGAGGUUUCUCACCCGAAUUCGUUAGCAAGGCUUAUGAUUUGAACGAAGAAGAAACCAAAAACCUGGUGAAAAGCCAAGCAGGUUCUUUGAUAGUCAAGCUUAAAGAAGGAAUAGCCAUGCCUAAACCAUGCAAGAACGCUAGUGAUGGAAAGCUCGUGUUCGGCUUUGAGAAUGCAUCGCCUGAUGUUAAGGUCAAGAAUGGCGGAUUGGUGACAACUAUGACCGCGGCAAGACUUCCUUUGCUCGGAAAAGUUGGACUUAGUGCCAAUGUGGUGAAGUUGGAUGCCGAUGCCAUGUCCUCGCCAAUGUACACCACGGAUUCAUCUGUACAAUUAACUUAUAUUGUGAAGGGAAGUGGUAGAGUUCAAAUUGUGGGUAUUAACGGACAAGGCGCAUUGGAUGCAAAAGUAGAGGCUGGUCACUUGUUCGUCGUGCCCAGAUUUUUUCCGGUCACUCAUGUUGCAGAUGGAGAGGGAAUGGAGUUUUUCUCCGUUAUAACAUCUCCAGAGCCUGUAUUUGAGAAGUUAGCUGGGAACACAUCAGUUUGGAAAGCCAUAGCUCCAGUAGUUCUUGAAGCUGCUCUUGAUGAGACUCCAGAAUUUGUGAAACUUUUCAAGUCCAAGAUUAAAAAGAGCACAGUUCUUAUCCCUCCAGGGAAUUAAUAUUUGACAAGUUAAUUACAUUAUUACCACUUCAGUCAUUGUUGUUGAAGUUUUCAAUGUUGUGGCAGUUUUUAAAUAUUAUUUGUAAAAACAAUGAAAUAACGUAAUUGCUCAACAUAUAUCCUGUUGUUGUUCCUGUGUGUGUGAGCGCGCGCGCAUUUGACCGUUUAUUAUCACUCGUGUGUAUUACACGGACGGUCUCGAUGCGCCCAUAAUUAUCGUUAUUGUAAUAUGCGUGCAUACUUGUGCGUGUAUUGCACGAACGGUCUCAUUUUUCUCAUUUUGAAUUGUAGCGCAUGUACAUGUUUAUAUGUUCUAA